GAAAAUAGUACGUAUGUAGCACAUGUGUUUCAGCCAUUUUCACCGAGUGAGUUAGUUCACAUCGGAAAAUAAGGGAAAAUGGACCCUAAAAAGCUUGGAGAUUUGAUGGGGAGGUUAAGGUCGGGUGGAAAAGGAGCUGGAGCAGGAAUUGGUUUGCUGGCAGCUGCAGGUGGCCUUGCAUAUGGCGUCACUCAAGCACUUUAUACAGUUGAGGGAGGUCACCGAGCUAUCAUCUUCAGCAGAAUCGGUGGAGUACAGAAUGACAUUUACCCAGAGGGUCUCCAUUUCAGACUGCCGUGGUUUCAGUAUCCCAUCAUCUAUGAUAUUCGCUCACGUCCAAGAAAAAUAACAUCACCCACUGGCAGCAAAGAUUUACAGAUGGUCAACAUCACUUUGAGAGUGUUGUCUCGGCCAGAUCAGAAAGACUUGCCCCACAUAUACAGACAGUUAGGAUUAGAUUUCGAUGAGAGAGUGUUGCCAUCAAUAUGCAAUGAGGUGUUAAAAAGUGUAGUAGCCAAGUUCAAUGCAUCCCAGCUUAUCACCCAGCGUCAGCAGGUCAGUUUGUUGAUUAGGAAGGAGUUAACGCAGAGAGCAAGGGACUUCAACCUGAUCCUCGACGAUGUAUCCAUCACUGAACUCAGCUUCAGUCGUGAGUACACGGCAGCUGUGGAGGCUAAACAGGUAGCCCAGCAAGAGGCCCAGCGUGCCCAGUUCAUCGUAGAGAAGGCCAAGCAGGAGAGACAGCAGAAGAUCGUCCAAUCAGAGGGAGAAGCUGAGGCAGCGAAACUGAUCGGUGCAGCUAUUCAGUUGAAUCCUGGCUAUCUGAAGCUGAGGAAAAUCCGAGCCUCACAAAAUAUUGCCAGAACAAUUGCCGCCUCCACCAACCGUGUAUAUCUGAACGCAAGUGCGCUGAUGAUGAACAUUAGCGAUCCUGAAUUCGACAUCGCUGCAGAUGCUGCAGCUAAAAAGAAGAAAUGAUAAAAUAGCGAUAUGAUUGUAAUUGAUUGAUGCAGAGUUAUUUAUCCCCUUGACGUGUAGAUUUUAAUGCCAAAUUUGUUAUCAUUAUUAUUAUCAUUAGAUGACUUCCAAUAUUGAUAUCAACCUGAAAUAAUUUUAGGAAAGAUAAGAUGAUACUGGUAAUUUUUUUUCUCCGGUGGUUGAACCCCAUAUUUACCGUUCCCUGGCCUGGAAGCGCCGUGUCCAGGUCAUGGGAUUCAAAACAGAAAAGGAACCAGAACCUCUUGUGGUUUACCAUGUUUUCUGGUGGCCUAGUCUGAGGCGCUGCAGUUUUGCUGUGCAGAGUUGCGUCCCUUUUGCACACCUGAAUCCUAUGAUCGUGGGUUCAAAUCCGAGUUCGCCCUGAUUAAUGUUUCAUUUUUGUCAAAACCCACCAUGCUGUUGGGUUUCACCAAAGUGGAAAUUGUCUAGGGCAUGCAUCACUUUAGGUUUCCUCCCACAUCAAGCUGACACACCGUGAUGUGAUGUAACUGGAAUACUUUUCAAAGCGGCAUUAAACCAAUUCUCUCAGCUUGUGAUAUAACUGAAAGACAUUGUUCAUUGCAAUUUAUACCUAACUCAUUCUAUCGCUUAUGUUGUAUUUGAGUGUGGCUUUUUCAGAUUUUACUUAUAGUAUUCAGUUCAUUUGUCAGGGUUAAAAGAUUUCUCAACUAUCGUGUAACUUUCCAUUUCAGAAGUACUUUUCAUUUUCAUCUCAUCUGUGAUACAUGAUAUACAAGUUUUCCUUUAGUUGUCAAGGGGAGAUAACUCAUUUGUGUGAUCUGUUGUGUACCACUAGUGAGAUGUUGAUUGUCUGAGAUAUGUAUCAUUUUGUACAUACAUUUAUAUUCAGGAAAGCAACAAUUAGCAAGCUGUGUGAAAAUACUAGAUGAUAGCUGUACAUGACUUGGUAUAAGCUUCAUAAUGGAUGCGUCGGGACAGAUUUGUUAAGGAUAUAACGCAAAAGUAUGCAUGCUUGUUAUUCAUAGUAAGAUAUUAAUAGAUACGUUGUUGACAUUUCAUCAUUUCACAAUCAUGAAAGAUUCUUCACCUUUAAAAUUAUCUAGUGUUGGAUGGAAAGACUACAUUUCAGUGCUAUUUUUGACAUAACUGAUAUCAACAUACAAAUCAGUUAUGUAGUCCUUGUUUUUAGAUAUGUGAAAGGAUCAAAGAUAAUAAAUAAUUAUUCAUG